AUGGCAACUGACGCAGUUGAACGCAAAUCUGCAGAUCAACCCGCUCAGACUGCAUCGCCAAGUGCUGAAGAGAAUUCUCAAGUUUUAUUUACUAGGCCUCAGAGAGAGCUCUUGCUUCGCACCCUCAUACUUGGCCUCAUAUGUCUCGUUUCUUUCUCCAUUCGUCUUUUUUCUGUUUUGCGCUUUGAAAGCAUUAUCCAUGAGUUCGACCCGUGGUUCAACUUUCGCAGUACUAGGGUGCUUGUCGGAGAAGGUUCGUACAAGUUUUGGAACUGGUUCGAUUCGCGAUCUUGGUACCCCUUGGGCAGAAUCGUUGGCGGUACGGUUUAUCCAGGAAUCAUGUACACCGCUGCCUUCAUGUACAAUGUUCUGCACUUUGUGGGCCUCAAAGUCAACAUCCGCGAUGUUUGCGUUCUCACUGCGCCCGUAUUUUCCGCUUUCACUGCGCUUUCCGCUUAUGCCUUGACUAAGGAAGCCUCUGACGAUGCGGCUGGUAUUGUCGCGGCUGCAAUUAUGGCUAUUGUCCCUGGUUACAUCUCCCGUUCUGUGGCUGGUUCGUAUGACAAUGAGGGUGUCGCCAUCACUGCUAUGAUCUUCUGCUUUUAUCUAUGGACCAAGUCCGUGAAUACCGGUUCCCUGUUCUGGUCGGGUCUCACGACACUUUCGUAUCUUUACAUGGUCGCUUGCUGGGGAGGUUACAUUUUCUUGAUCAAUCUCAUCCCUAUUUACGUCCUCGUCAUGCUGUUCUCCGGUCGCUAUUCGCAUCGUCUUUAUGUUGCAUACAACACGUUUUACGUUCUUGGCACGCUCCUAUCAAUGCAAAUUCGGUUUGUCGGUUUCAACGCGGUCACCACGUCAGAGCAUCUUGGGGCGUUCGGAACAUUCGGGCUGCUCAAUCUCUACUGUGUUAAGAACUGGGUGCAAAGCUUCACAGGGCCCCGGGUUUUUAAGGCCUUUGUGCGGUGGCUUGUUUUCCUCGCCAUGAGUCUUACGGGAUCGAUAGUCGUUCUUGCGUUCGUAACUGGAAAUGGUGGCGGUAUGACUGGGCGCAUUAGAACAUUUCUUGAUCCGACCUAUGCGUCGAAGCACAUUCCUAUCAUUGCCUCAGUCUCAGAGCAUCAGCCGACAUCGUGGGGUUCAUACUUCUUUGACCUUCAUAUUACCGUCUAUCUUAUGCCAAUCGGUCUCUACUUCUGCUUCAAGAAACUCACAGAUGGGAACAUGUUUCUAAUCACAUAUGGCACAUUUGCUAUCUACUUCUCUGGCGUUAUGAUCAGGAUUAUGUUAGUUCUCGCUCCAGCAGCUUCGAUGCUGAGCGCGAUUGGAAUCUCUGAAACUUUGAAAUUCGCGAUGCGAUCACUUCAGGCAGACGAUGACGACGAAGACCUCUCCAUGAGGGUCGCCAAUCCCUCAGCUGAAGAAGCGAAGUCCCAACAGUCCGGUCCAGUGGCUUUUUGCCUGUGCGUUGGUGCAUGCGUCCUCUUGUUUCAGUACGUAAGGCACGCAAUAUGGGCCACAUCUGAAGCGUAUAGCAGCCCGUCUAUUGUGCUCAGUGCUAAAGGAAGGGACGGGGAGCGCAUCUUCUUUGACGACUAUAGAGCCGGAUACUACUGGCUGCGGCAGAAUACGCCUGACGACGCUAAGAUUAUGUCUUGGUGGGAUUAUGGUUAUCAGAUAUCAGGAAUGGGGAACCGCACAGUUAUUGUUGAUAACAACACAUGGAACAACACCCAUAUCGCAACCGUUGGAAAGGCCAUGAACUCACCGGAGGACGUAUCGUACAAGAUUGCGAGAAAACUUGAUGUGGACUAUGUUUUGGUGGUUUUCGGCGGCGUCGUGGGGUACAGCAGUGAUGACAUCAAUAAGUUCUUAUGGAUGGUGCGUAUUUCAGCAUCUGUGGACAAAUCCGUUAACGAAAAGGACUACAUGACAUCAUACGGCGGGUACACGGUUGAUGACAGCGCAGGAAAGGCGCUGACAAAUUCCCUCAUGUACAAAAUGUGCUAUUAUCGUUUCGGGGAUAUGGCUAGGGAUCCUCGCGGGGCUUUCGACCGUGUGCGUCAAACCGUAGUGAAAGACGCAUCCUCUAUCAAACUGAAAUAUUUUGAAGAGGCGUUCACGAGCGAAAAUUGGAUCGUUCGAAUUUACAGAGUUAAAAAGCCAAAUGCUCGAGGGUGGGUGUAAAAAUCGUACCUCAAUGAUUGACAUCUAACAAA